AUGAAUUUUGCACUUGCAGAGAUCAUUGUAGAGAGGAGUAUAAGUUGUCUUCAGGGAGACGAACAGAAAGCUAUGUUUGACGCCAUGUUUCCUGUUGAAAAGAAAAAGGGCGAAACUAUCAUUGAGCAGGGAGAGGAAGGCGAUAAUUUCUAUGUGAUUGAUUCCGGUGAAGUAGACGUAUUUGUAAAUGGUGAAUAUGCAUUAUCUAUUAAAGAAGGUGGUAGUUUCGGUGAACUCGCUCUAAUUUAUGGAACUCCACGGGCAGCAACAGUAGUUGCAAAAUCUGAUGUAGUGAAAUGCUGGGCGAUUGAUCGUAUUACCUAUCGACAGAUCCUUAUGGGAUCCACAAUGCGAAAGAGGAAGCUUUAUGAUGAAUUUCUGUCGAAAGUCCAAAUCCUGUCUGAUCUUGACAAGUGGGAACGAGCGAAUGUUGCUGAUGCUUUAGAGAGAUGCGAUUUCGAACCAGGAACACGUGUUGUUGAACAGGGACAUCCUGGUGAUGAAUUUUUCAUCAUUGUGGAGGGGCAGGCAGAUGUACUGCAGAAGCGAAGUGACGACUCACCCUUUGAAAUCGUUGGACAUUUAUCUUCAUCGGAUUAUUUCGGUGAGAUAGCGCUUCUUUUAGAUCGGCCACGAGCUGCAACUGUAAUCGCAAAAACACCUUUGAAAUGUGUAAAAUUAGAUCGAGCACGAUUUGAACGUGUAAUGGGACCGGUGCGUGAAAUCUUAAAAAGGGAUGUGUCAAAUUAUAAUUCAUAUGUCAAGCUGAUGACAUGA